AAAUAUUCGCGGGCUCAAAUUCAAAAUGGCGUUCAAGCAGAGGUUGUCUGAGUUCAAGUCCGCUCUCGCUGCGAAAGAGAUUGAUCUUAAACAUCUCCGAAGACUUUGCUUUAGCGGAAUUCCUGAUGGAUCUGGAAUUCGAUCAGUGUGUUGGAAGCUCCUUUUAGGUUACCUUCCUCCAGAAAAGGAUCUCUGGCCUGAGACACUCAAAAGACAGAGAUCCACUUACAAACAGUUUGUUGAAGAAAUUAUCAUUGAACAAUGUAAAGGAACUAAGUCUGGAAAAGAUUCCAAGGAAUUUGAUGUUGAUCAUCCUUUGAAUCCAAAUCCUGACAGUCAGUGGCUUGCCUUUUUUAAAGACAAUGAAGUGCUAUUGCAAAUUGAUAAGGAUUGCAGAAGGCUGUGUCCAGAUAUUUCCUUUUUUCAAAUAGCAACAAAGUAUCCUAACAAGAAAGUCACAACUGGAGAAGACAGAGAUUUUGAAACCCUGAGGGAGCGUGUCUUGAGGACCCAUCUAGAGGCAUCUCAUGUUAAUACCAACAGAAGUGGACUCAAAAACUUAUCUGCACCAAGGAAAAUAGCCCCAGAGGAAUAUUUUGUUCUUGGAGAUGGAGAAGAAGCACAUUGGGAGGUUGUAGAGAGAAUAUUAUAUGUCUAUGCAAAACUUAAUCCUGGGUUGGGUUAUGUUCAGGGUAUGAAUGAAAUAAUUGGACCACUGUACUAUGUUUUCUGUUCUGAUCCCAACCCAGAAUGGCAAGAAAAUGUUGAAGCAGAUGCAUUCUUCUGCUUUACGAAUCUGAUGUCAGAGAUUCGAGAUAACUUUAUCAAGACUCUGGAUGAUUCAGCUUGUGGUAUAGGAAACUUGAUGAAAAGUGUUCGAAGCAUGUUGAAAGAGAGAGACAUCAUAUUGUACAGAUACCUGGAAGAGCAACAGAUGAGGCCACAGUUUUACAGUUUCAGGUGGUUAACAUUGCUGUUAUCUCAGGAAUUUGCCCUCCCAGAUGUCAUCAGGGUGUGGGAUUCUCUUUUUGCUGACGAGAAACGUUUUGAUUUCCUGAUUUAUGUGUGCUGUGCAAUGCACAUGGUGAUAAGGGAUCAACUUCUGGCUGGUGAUUUUGCUACAACUAUGAAACUUCUGCAGAAUUAUCCAGAUAUUGACAUUCACACAAUACUCUCCAAAGCAAUGGAUCUCAAACGUCCAAGAGUUACGCCACCCAGUCCUUCACAAACACAGCAAAGACAGAAGGGUGGAUUUCAGUUUAAGAAGAGAUGACAACUGUUUCUUCUGAAUAUGUCAGUCAAGUGUUGGAAGAAAUUAGCAUUUAAUAAUUAAUUUGUGAUUUUUUAAGAUGUUGAAAUACAGUCCAUCAGUGGGUUUUUUUCAAGGGUUUCCUACAGUUGUCAAAUCAGUGGAAUCAAUUACCUUGUUGAUAAUUUUGUGGGUUUUUAAUUUUGCAAAUUUUGCAACUGAAAAAAAAUCACAAAAUUUAAAACUGGCAAACCAAAAUGAUCCCGAAAUUUAAUUUAAACCCGCAAAUUUUAAUCUCACAUAUAGACUUCAAAUUACAGAUAAAAAUGAUCAGCAUGUAAUAUAAGAAAAAAACAUAUAGGAUAGCUAUCAACAAAUACACAAGUUAUUAAGUUAGUUCUAUUUGUAUAUUCUGUCGUGAAGUGACAUUAAUUUGCAAAGAUUUUGCAUAUAAAGAAGAAAAUGUAGCCAUCAUUUUCAUCUGAAUGGCUAGAUUCUUACAAAUUCCUUAGAGUAUGUUUUAUGCAGUCAUCAAAAGUUGACAUUUUGAAAAAUUAAGAGGAGUUGAGAACCCUUGAGUCACAAAAUCUAAUGCCUUUUUUGUAUUUGCCCAUUUAAAUCCCACAAAAAAAAAACCCUGCACCAAAAUGCCAAAAUUA